GAACCAGGAGUUCGAAGACCCUGCCCCGUAUGAUCCUAGGUGCUCAGCUGUGGCAUUGGGCAGUGCCUCGUGUAAAGGCUCCAGAGUGCACGGAUGCACGAAACCCGUCGCACCAAUGAAGGAGCAACAAUCUCCACGAACCAAACCCUGGCGCUACAAGUUGGAAGGACCUCCUCCCAAGAACGACCCGAGCUGCUCGAUUGUGGCAUUGGAGGGUGCUUCGUGUAUAGGCUCCAAGGUGCACGACGGAGGCAGCAGUUGCACCACACCGUUGAGGGAGCCAGAGUCGCCACUAGCCAAACCCUGGCAGUACAAUCUGGAAGGCCCUCCCCCAAACGAUGCUGCGUGCGCAUUGGUGGCAUUGGACGGCGCCUCAUGUAUAGGCUCUAAAGUGUACGACGAGGGCGUGAUCCAUUCCACGCCAUUGAAGGAGGAACAGGCUUCAGAAGCUGCUGAGCCCCUCAGUCAUUCUGUCGUGGCACCGAGCCAGUCAGGGGUGACACUUGCCGGCAAGCUCUCGCUAAAGGCAAACAGUCCGUGUCGUGUUGCGACGAGGGGUGCAGUCCAGUCGCCAAGGCAGCAGGUGACGGUGGUAUCCACGCAGCCAGUCGUUGCAAGCCAGGCCGUUGCUUCAACGAGUCAGGCAUCGAUGCUGGCGAGCCCCACGAUACCUGCCGCCUUAGCCGCCCAUCUCCCCGUGGCUCUCGGAGGUCUGCUCCCGGCCACCGUGAAGCCGGGCACCAAGUACAUCGUUGUUCGCAACACUACUGGCCGAGCGUUGGACCUGAACACUCUGCUGUCAUUGCCCGAGCUGAAAACGAACAAGCAGACGGUCAUCAUCCAGGCGAACCAAGUGAAACCUGCCAAACAGGAAGCAGUCGGUGAGCCAGUGAAGGUACAGCCUGUUAAAACAUCCAUUCCGCUACCCAUGGAUGACGAUGAUGAUGACUUCAAGCCAAUGAAGAAAAUGCGCCAGUCUGCAAAUACUCCUAUACAUAAUAGUGUUGCAAGCCUUCCACCACCAAAGGAGCAGGCUCCAGCUGUUAGCAGUGCUCCAGGCAUCUCUACGGUUCUCGAACAGCUACUCCAAUCACAGCAGCAGCUUCCUCCUACACAACCAUCCACUCCAUCCAAAGGGUCUCAGGGGAUUGCGGACAAGCCCUUGGAGAGGGUACCCACUAUCUUCUAUGGCACAAGAACACACAAGCAGAUAGCGCAGGUAGUGAGAGAGCUGAAGAAAACGGACUAUCGCCAUGUCAGGAUGUGCAUCUUGUCAAGUCGCGAGAGAACCUGCAUCCAUCCAGUUGUGUCGAAGUCGACAGCAAAGAAUGAGAAGUGCAAAGAGCUACUAGACGACAUGGCCCAUUCUGCAGGGGGCUGUGGCUACUACAUCAACAUGAAGAGGGCGCCUCCCACUCCGGCGGUGGAGCCCUAUGACUUGGAAGACCUCGUGAAGAUUGGCAAAAGGAUAAUGGUGUGCCCCUACUACUGGAGUCUAGACCUGAUGCCGGGUGCGGACAUUGUCUUCUGCCCGUAUAACUACCUCAUCGAUCCAGUCGUUAGGAAAUGUUUGUCCAUCGAUUUGAAUAAUGCUGUCGUGGUACUUGACGAAGCACACAACAUCGAGGACAUCAGUCGCGAAGUGAUGAGCAUCUCUGUCACGCAAGACCAGCUGCGGGACAUUAUUGCCGACUUGGAAGAAAUGCAGCGUGUUCCGUACAUGCCUGAAGAACACAAUGCCAUUGCGUGGGUGAUGUCCAAGCUCAGUCUCUGGAUAACGCAACAUUCAGAUCACCUGAACGACUACAGGGGCUUUGAACAAUCUGGAAAGGUCUGGGCCGGCACAGAGAUCCUUGCUUUCAUGACUGACGUCGGUCUGAGCCCAGACAGUUUCAAGAACUUCAAGACCCUCGUUACUGCCAUCACAGCUGUUGAAAAGCCAUCGCCAGAUAUGGAUCCGGAGAAGGUCCUGCACCCAACAGUCAAUGCGGCGACAUCUGCGACAUUGCAAAACUUCGUCAUCAUCCUCGACUUUAUGUACAGGGACAACCUUAAGUACCUUGGCGACUUCAGAGCUGCCAUGGUGAAGGCUCCAUCUAAGAAAAAGCAGACAGAGGCUUCUAGGUGGUCGUCAGGUGGUGGUGGUGGUGGAUUUAAUACGGCCUGGACGCAUAGUCUCAACUUCUGGUGUCUCAAUCCUGCUGUCGCCAUGUCAGACAUUAAGGACAGGGUACACUCCUUGAUCGUAGCAUCGGGGACGCUGACUCCCAUGGAGUCAUUUGAGUCUGAGCUCGACAUGCCUUUCAAAAGCCAGCUGCAGGCCAACCAUGUCAUUCCAAGCGAAGGGGUCUGGAUUGGUAGCAUUGCGUGUGGUCCCAAUAAUGUGAACCUCACCGCCAAUUUUAAAACUGCUGAGACCUUUGAGUUUCAAGAUGAAAUAGGGUCCAUUCUUUGGGACAUCUGCAAGGCUGUCCCCUACGGAGUGCUGUGCUUUUUUCCGUCAUAUGGCAUGAUGAACAAGUUGUCACAACGAUGGCAGAACACUGGUAUGUGGGACAAGCUGGAAAGCCUGAAGCACAUUGCCGUGGAACCCCAGAAGGCAGACUCCAGCACGUUCGACUACACAAUGAACGAGUACUUCAACCAUGCCUCUGGACAGUACAGUGACGGUUAUGAGGACGACAGGGGAGGAGCUCUUCUUCUUGCCGUAUGUCGAGGCAAAGUGAGCGAAGGCCUAGACUUUGCUGACAACAGUGCGAGGGCUGUGGUGACGAUUGGCAUUCCAUUUCCUAACGUAAAGGAUAUGCAGGUUGACCUGAAACGCAAGUACAAUGACCAGCAGCUCAAGUCUGGCAGACCAGUGAUGGGUGGAAAUUCUUGGUACGAGACGCAGGCGUUCCGUGCCCUUAAUCAAGCCCUGGGGAGAUGCAUUCGACACAGGGACGACUGGGGUGCCUUGAUUAUAAUAGACCACCGCUUUUCGCAGCAACCAAAGUUUCAGAAAGCUCUGUCAAAAUGGAUUCGGGAACAGUUUCAGUGCUUUCGGUACUACAAUGAAGCAAUGGAUUCCCUGAAAACAUUUAUGGAGGGCAAAAUGAAGAAGUUGUCCUCUCCGCGUUGUAAAGCGGAACCACGUGGGAGAGGCCCUUAUAAUGACUGUAGCAUGUUACCGGCAGGAGACACAUCAGGCAUGUCUGUCGACCAAACGGAGCCGAUCGAACUCUCUGAUGACAGCUGUGAAGAAAUGUUCACGUCAAGCCCAUCUUGAUGGGUUCUUCACGGGACCAGGCCGUGGUCAUGUUGUGAUCGUGUCCAUUUGUGGCUGCAACAGUGACUAGAUCUGUGUUGGAAUUGACUCGGACCAACGGGUGUGCAUAGUUUGCCCAGAAUGUAGAUAUUUGUACAUUGUGAAUGUUUGCAAUGAGAAGAUUUGCUAUUAGUUAAUUUAGCUGUUUUUUAAAUGACAUUUUUAAAGUGGAUUUUACAAGUGCAUGAAAUCAUUGUAUAAAUUUUUGACCAUUAAUUUAUACACAUUUAUCUUGUAUGUCGAUUCCAAACCGCCUAUUUCGAAUACUGGAGGCAUCUUUUUUUUA